GAAAUUGAAUUUGAGAGGGUGGUUCCAUCUGAUUCAGACUGGUAAUCGCCAUAGACAAUAGGUUGUGUGAAUUUGAUCGGCGAUUAGCCGUCACACUGUUCGACAAAGAGAGAUAUACUUUUUACUUGGGAAGUCAAAUUUUUGAUUUCGAUUAAUUGCAACUGUUAAGCCACUCAGUAAUGGCGGAUUUCCAGACAUCAACUCAACGGGCCAAGUGGAUUUUCACUCCCCAGAAACUGGCAGAGAGAUAUAAAGCUGCUAACCAGAGGGCAGUGCAAAUGCUGGAGAAGUGUGGUACAACGCAAGUUGAAGUAGAUGCCAGUGGAUCACUAACAUAUCCGACAGAUAAAGUUGACGCAGGAGAUCAAGCUGAUAAGAAGCUUAAGCCUUUGAGUGUUGAUGAAGAACGGUCCAUGAGAGCAUUUUAUGAGGCUAAGGUCCAAGAAGUGUGCAGUGCCUUCGAAUUUCCUCACAAGAUUCAGGCAACAGCCCUCCAAUACUUUAAAAGAUUUUAUCUGCAGUGGUCUGUUAUGCAACAUCAUCCAAAAGAAAUAAUGUUAACCUGCGUGUAUGCAGCUUGUAAAAUAGAGGAGAAUCAUGUAUCUGCUGAGGAAAUAGGGAAAGGGAUUAAACAAGAUCACCACAUUAUUCUCAAGUAUGAGAUGGCUGUUCUUCAGAGUUUGGAAUUUGAUCUGAUUGUUUAUGCACCGUAUCGUGCUAUCGAAGGCUUUGUCAGUAAUAUGGAGGAUUUUCUUCAAGCUCAAGAUGAUGAAAUCCAAAAGCUGGAGAAUUUGCUCAAAGCGGCGACAGCAGAAGCCGAUAAAGUUAUGCUCACAGAUGCUCCACUCCUCUUUCCUCCUGGCCAGUUGGCGUUGGCUGCUUUGCGUAUUGCAAAUAGGAUUCUUGGAGUGGUUGACUAUGAUAGGUACCUAGAGAACAUUGUUUCUCAACCGAACUCGGAGCACACGACUUCAGAGCUCACAAAGUUACUUGAUGACAUCGAAUCUUUGGUAAAGAACUACAAGUCCCCAAGUGAAAAGGACAUGAAGCAUAUCAACCGGAAGCUAAAAUCUUGUCUAGGACAUAGUUCUUCACAUGACGAGAGUAAGAAACGGGAGAAGAGAUCGAAGCACAAGUCACAUAGGAGCUCCAAUGAUACACCCAACGGUGCAUCUAUAGGUUGAGUUUCUCGUUUGGCCAUUAGCAAAUUAUUUCAUGGCACGUUAGCACAAAUCCUCUUUUCUAAGUUUUUCCCCCUGUUGUAGUCCUUACUAUUAAGUUUGAAUAAUCUUAAAAUUGGGAAAUUUAUGUUACAGAGAAAGAAAAAAAAGUUGUAUUAUGCAAGAGAUUAUACAAUUCACAUGAUUCAGCUCACUCUAAAAAUAGUAGAAGAUGCUU